AUGGGGUCUAGUUCCCGGGCUGGUGGCGCCAGGAGGCCAAGACGGGGUGGCCUGGCCCGUUCCCCACCCGCUCCCGGGGGCUGCAGCCACUUCGGGUCCGCGGCCCCCGCCCGGCCCGUGCUGAGUCCCCCGCCCGGCCUGGAGCGCUCCCUGUGGGGCAGCGGCAGCCCGAGCCGCUCAGGGCGAUGCCAGCAGAUGAAUAUUCCUGAUGACCAAGCAGACAAGCUGCUCCUAGCAAGCUGGGGGCUUCCUGAAGUAGUUCUGGAGAAAUACCACAGUCUGGGAGUAGUACAUAUGUUUGAAUGGCAAGCAGAAUGCCUGAUGCUUGGACAAGUCCUGGAGGGGAAGAACCUAGUUUACUCAGCUCCUACUAGUGCUGGGAAGACGCUAGUUGCUGAGUUACUCAUCUUGAAGAGAGUCCUGGAGACCCAUAAGAAAGCUCUGUUCAUCCUCCCCUUUGUCUCUGUGGCCAAAGAGAAAAAGUAUUACCUGCAGACUCUGUUUCAGGAGGUGGGUGUGCGGGUAGAAGGCUAUAUGGGAAGUACUUCCCCUGCUGGACGUUUCUCAGCACUAGAUGUGGCUGUCUGCACCAUUGAGAGAGCCAACGGACUAAUCAAUAGACUCAUAGAGGAGAACAAGAUGGACUCACUGGGGAUGGUGGUUGUGGAUGAGUUGCACAUGCUGGGAGAUUCUCACAGAGGAUAUCUGCUGGAACUCCUGCUGACCAAAGUUCGAUUUGUUACAGAGAAAGUUGCUAAAAGACAGACAAAGGAGAACAGUCCUGUUUUUGACAGCAUACAGAUAAUAGGCAUGAGUGCCACCCUCCCUAACCUGGGUCUUCUGGCCUCCUGGCUGAAUGCUGAGCUGUACCAUACUGAUUUUCGCCCUGUACCCCUUAUGGAGUGGGUGAAAAUUGGCCAUAAUAUUUAUGACUCUUCAAUGAAGCUUGUGCGGGAAUUCCAACCCAUGCUGCAAGUGAAGGGAGAUGAAGACCAUGUGGUGAGCCUGUGUUACGAGACCAUUCGCGAUGGCCAUUCAGUCCUACUCUUCUGUCCAUCCAAGAACUGGUGUGAAAAACUGGCAGACAUCAUAGCCAGGGAGUUCUACAAUCUGCAACACUGGUCCCUGCAGCAGGCUGAGAGGUUUACCAAAACCUCAGCACUUUCACCAGUUGCCUUGGACAAGGAAGGAAUAGAAGAGGUGAUGGACCAGCUAAGGCGCUCACCGUCCGGUCUGGACUCUGUGCUCCAGCGUACUUUACCAUGGGGAGUGGCAUUUCAUCAUGCAGCAAUUCCAUUUUCAAAAACAACAACUUCCCAGAAUGGAUUAGAAAUUUGGUUGACAAACAAGGAACAAAAAAUGAAUCAAAACGUGAAAAUACCCAAACACAGAACUGCAAUUGUCGCCCAAGACCUCUCGAGGUACCACAUUGACAUCGCUGCUCUCAGUGAGACAAGACGUGUAGGUGAAGGCCACUUGAGGGAAGGGGGCAACGGUUACACUUUCUUCUGGAAAGGAAAACCAGCAAGCCACAGGCGAAUACACGGUGUUGGCUUUGCAAUCAAGAACCUUCUAGUCAACCGCCUGACUGAGUUCCCUGUCAGCAUCAACGAAUGCCUCCAAUUGGCCAAUAAGUCAUUUGCUACCAUUAUCAGUGCAAAUGUGCAAAGCACGACCUUGUGA